AUGGAUAAUAAACGGGUUUGUUGGUGUGGAAAGUUUGUUUUGUCUGUUGAUUUGCUAACGCUGCUCAAGUGUCCAAUAUCCACGGUCAUGAUGCGCCCCAGCACGCUGGAUAUAAAAACAACAUAUCACGAUAGAUGCUACACGUUCAUGAGGGACACUUUCAGAUGCUGGAAGGCACGGAUGGAAUCGGCUGAAAGUUCCUUCCUCACUGAACUGUUUGCCGAUCUGCAGCAGCCCUUGUCGAGGGAGCAAGUGCGGGAUAUUGUGUUCACCAUGAGGAAUGUCACACGAGCGCCUACCAUGACAACGUGUCCAAACAACUUGAUAGCGGCCACCACAACACUAUCGCCAGCAUCACAACCGCAUCAGCGGCAACAAAAUCCCUCACCAUCCGUGCCCCAGGAACGACCACAGCUUGGCGAACAGUUAACAUUCGGUGAAUUCACUGCGAUAGCAUCCUGUACGAAAUGUUUUGGCCGACAGUCGUCGUUUCAUGCAAUGCGGGUGCGCAACGGAGAGGAACUGGGCAGCGUGUUGGCGAAUCCCGGCCCGGCAACGGACACGGAACCAUCGGCUGGUCCGGAAGUGUUUCUCGGUGGUUCAUGCAAUCCGACUACGUGGCGAGCGGACGUUGCCAUUCCGGCCCUCGACCGGCUCGGCAUUUCGUUUUACAAUCCACAAGUAUCCCACUGGACACCAGAUCUGAUCGAACUUGAACACCGCGCCAAGGAAAAGGCGAAGGUACUAUUUUUCGUGCUCGACUCCCAGACUCGCUCCACUGCUGGUGCCAUCGAGGUGGCACACAUCGCUGGGCAGAACUCGAAAUAUUUAUUGCUUGUGCUACUGCCGUACUCCAGCAGACAGAAAAUUCUCAAUGAAACCCUAUCGGAAGACGAGUAUAUGGAUCUCAUGAGUAAUCAGCUUAUACUAAGGCAACUAGUGCUGCGCCGUGGUCUGCCGGUGUUGGACAGUAUUCCCACGGCGUUGGAACAGAUCAAGGAAGUUCUGCUCGGCAACUGUUGCCCUCAACCACCAGUGAAUCUAGCAUCGCGAUUAAUCUCUCUGCGACGAACGUUCGAGCGAGUUGCAGUGGAUAUUACGGAAGCGGCCCGUAUUAACCUGAAGCAAUGUCAGCAAGCACUGUGCAGUUUAGGUUAUCCCGAAAAUGUCAGCACCACGGGCAACAUUCAAAACAUUCUGCUUUGUUACGAGGAAGUGACCGGGCUCGACGUGCAAACGGAGCUCAUAAGACGGGGCGAUGUCGAAAAUGUACUUAUCAGCUUCGAGGAGUUUUGCAUCAUUGACGCUUGCGUCUCGAUACUGAUGCUCGAUUUCUACGAGCACAACUGCACGUCACCAAUCAAGGGCACCAACCUUCAGCAGCCCCCAGUGUAUCUAACGGAUCUGCAAGCAUGGAACCAUACCAAUCCGGAACUAUCACCGUUCGAGAAUGGGUCCGCCAAAAGCCCUCGGACAUUUGUUUUGCCUAGAAAUGGUGAGGAAGCAGUCGCUACACCCAAUGGAACAACCGAUCCCAGUGUGGCUGGACCACCUAGCAGUAGAAGUAGCAGUGGCAGUGAAAUCUGCCGUACCCUUUCUGUCGACGCUGAUCCGGGUGAGGGACCGAAACUGUUGCCCCUGUUUACCGGUGCACUCCCGGCAGCGAGCGACGAACCACGUGCAUUUACUUUCGAUGGCGAUCCCUUCGACGAUGACGAACCGUUACUGGGACGGAUUGAGGCUCGGGACGUCUAUCUCGGGGGAAGCUGUUGGAUGAAGACAAGCUGGCGGCAAAGGUGGGCUUUUCCGAUGCUGAAGCGCCACAAUCUCAGCUAUUACGUGUCGGCCCUUCACGAAGGGUUUUGCUGUGGCCGGACGGAACCGGCCAAGUGCGACGAGAGCGGUUUGCAGCAGUUUGAUCCGCAAAGUACACUGCGCUAUGAUGCCGCCAUGCUCGACGCUUGCCGUAUCGUCGUAUUUGCGAUUACAAAUGAAACACGAUCUUUAGCACCCAUGACAAUGGCCGCGCACUACAUCGGUCUAGGUUACAACGUUGUGCUGUGCGUGCAAAUGCUUUCCUCGAACGAAACUUCAACGAACGGCCACAAACCAAUACUAUCCUCCUCCGCCAUCAAAGACUAUAACCGCGGGCGGGCCUAUUUGAUUGAUCUGGCCAAACGGCACGGCAUUCCAGUGUACGAGGACUUGGAGGAAACGUUCGACAGUGUUAUCAACCGGUUAAGAAACUGUACUGUAAGAUACUCAACCUAGCAACAUCAAACCCGUACCCGCUUAUUG